AUGAUGGGCUCCGUGCUCCCGGCCGAAGCCCUGGUGCUCAAGACCGGGCUGAAGGCGCCGGGGCUGGCGCUGGCCGAGGUCAUCACCUCCGACAUCCUGCACAGCUUCCUGUACGGCCGCUGGCGCAACGUGCUGGGCGAGCAGCUCUUCGAGGACAAGAGCCACCACGCCAGCCCCAAGACGGCCUUCACCGCCGAGGUCCUGGCGCAGUCUUUCUCCGGCGAGGUGCAGAAGCUGUCCAGCCUGGUGCUGCCGGUGGAGGUGAUCAUCGCGCAGAGUUCCAUCCCCGGCGAGGGCCUCGGCAUCUUCUCCAAGACGUGGAUCAAGGCCGGCACUGAGAUGGGCCCCUUCACUGGCCGAGUCAUCGCCCCGGAACACGUGGACAUCUGUAAGAACAACAACCUCAUGUGGGAGGUGUUCAAUGAAGAUGGCACAGUGCGCUAUUUCAUCGACGCCAGCCAGGAGGACCACCGGAGCUGGAUGACCUACAUCAAGUGCGCCCGUAACGAGCAGGAGCAGAACCUGGAGGUCGUCCAGAUUGGGACCAGCAUCUUCUACAAGGCCAUUGAGAUGAUCCCUCCUGACCAGGAGCUGCUGGUGUGGUAUGGAAACUCACACAACACGUUCCUGGGGAUCCCUGGUGUGCCCGGGCUGGAGGAGGAGCAGAAAAAGAACAAGCAUGCAGUACCAGGCCCAUGA